UGAAAAGCUCAUGAGAAAUUACCACAUUUAUUAAUAGUAGCAACCUGAGGUUCCCAUUUGCCUCACUGCUUUGUGCCUCCAGUAAGGCAAACCAGACCACGUUUUUUCCCACCUCUGAUUUUAACCUCCCCGAGGAGCAGGCACAGCACAGCAGCACUGGCACUCCCCAGGACAGUCCGUAUCUCUCACUACGUGCCUAAGGGAAGCAGAAAACCCAGCUCAUGGUCUGCAGCAAUAAAGGGAAUUAUGUGAAUCGCCUCUCAAACUUCCAAGCCUUCCACUGUGAGUAGCCUGCAACAAAUACAGACAGUACUUAUGCUCUAAAGUAAUGAUGAAACAAAAGUAUUUUUAGCUAUUUCCUUUGGGCAACUGGAAAUAAGAACCAGCAUUCCAUCUCAGCCUUGUUCCCUGUGGAGUGCAGCACAAAGACAAUAUGGGAACAGGAAGGCUUUCUCUGGGGCAGCCUCCUGCAGCCGUCUUCUUGCAGGAACCAUCUCUCUGGGAGGGAGGGCUCUCCAUUUGCUGAUGAAAUGUAGCAGCAGCUCUUGUGGUUGGUGCUGAACAUUCUGAGCUGCAGUUCAUAUCAUCUCACCAGCUGGAGGAUUCACUGCUGGAGAAGAGACCAAGGACUUCACCUGAGCUCAGGAAACAGAUGUUACUACUUCACAUUAAUUAGUAAGUAAGGAAAAAAAAAAGAAGUAAAAGCAAACUAAACUGAGACUGAACUGUCAGAAAGACGGGACAUGCAGAAGAAGGGAAUCACAAAGCAGGUUAGGUAUAAUUCUCUUUUUACUGUCUGGGAGGAGUGUGUUCUCAGAGGAAGCCCUGUCUCUGUUACAGGCAGAUCCAGUCCUGCAGCUGCCUGGUUUCGCUGCUCUCAGAGUGUGCUGGUCAUGGUUUCCACCUUUGUGUCUUAACUAACCUUUUAGCCAUGUUGGAUUCAUGUCAUCAAGCGCCUUGAAGAUCAGUAGUGACGCUAUGGUUUGGCCUCUUGGGCCAAGAGGCAGAGAGUGGCUUUGAUGCCUUUGUGGUAGUCAGGGCUCUCACUGCAGUGUGCUUGUCCAGCUGGCAUUUGCCAAGUGCUGUGGGCCUCAUGCCCAGGUGUAUCACAUAGCUGUAGCCUUGCCAAGAGGUGACAAAGAUAUGACUAACUGAGGUUAGGUUGCUCCUGCCAAAAGGCAUGGCUGCUUGUGGCCAAGCAGAGAACAUGGAAAACACUGGGAGUUUCACAUCACUGGGAAGUGCUGCUAAGACAUGGGCUAUGUAGAACAGCCGGGAGGAUGUUUCAGCUCAAGGAGGCUGCUCUGCAGCUUCAAUACUGUGUUCUGUAUGAUUGCCAGAGAAGGGUUAGAUUGUUCUUGAGUGUCUCAGUUCAGCUCUGCUGCUCCAGCUGUAGGUCCUGGCCUGAGAGCAGAUUGUACCAGAUGCAGAACACCAGUUUCCAUUUGGAGAGCUUUCAGCUGGCUGUGGGCUGGUACCUACCUGAGCUUGCUCUGGAAAGGGGGAGCUGCUGGGAACGACUGUGACAUUUGUUUUGAAUGCUCAUCUCUGAGGACAGCGUCUGCAAACAGUUCCUAGCCAUGGUGACUGCUUCUGCCUUCUGAGUCAAACCCCUUCCUGCCCAGACUGCAGGAAUCUGAGGGAUUUGCACGUUUUGCUGUUCUGAUCUUGAGUUUGACUAUCCUGUGCUGUGUAUAAGAACCAGUGCUUUGGGAAUAAAACAACGUGGGCCUUUCCCAUCUCUUGAUCCUUUGCCUGCACUCCCUCGGUGCAGGAGUGGUGCUGGACUACUCAAGGGCUGGAUGACACAGUGCUUGGUGCAUGCGAGUGAACUUGCUGCUCCCAGACACCAUGGGGCUGUGCUGUAUUGUUUUCUUUCCAGACAAUGCAGUACUGGAUCGUGAGUAAAAAUGCAAAGCACACUGCAAUGUUUGCUCUUUAUUAAUGCACUAAGAUGCAUUUGGGUGAAGCAGAAGGCUCCUGGCUGGCUUGGUUUCAAGCUCCGUGACAGGCUUCCAUAAACACUUUGCAGCUCUCUGGGCAGGGACAGAAGGUAUGGAGAGGUUGCAGCCCCUUCACUGGCAGGGGAGGUAGGCUUAGCUGGGAGGGGGUCUGGCCUGUGCCACAAACAGCCCCUUUGUUGAGAGGGGAGCUGGUGGGCAAGUGAGUGGUCCCUGGGAACUUCCCAAUGGCUGGUGGGUGCUACAGGGCACUUCAGCUGCUGCUGCUGCAGGGCAGGAGAAAAGUGCAUGAGCAAAGAGACAUCCUGCUCUGCCAGCCUUUGCUUGCUGCCCUGGUAGCUUUUGCAGUCUUUCUGCAGUGGGUAUCUGACCACCUGUUUUUUAGCUGAGGAACUUGAGCUAAAAGCUGCCAAUUAUGAGACAGUACCUCUGUUGCCAGAACAUGCAGUUUCUUGUUCCACUUUUGAGGAAUGUAUGUGGCCGCUUACUGCAAUUACAGCUUAACCUUCCAGCUCUGAACUCUGCCUAUCAUCAGAUAAGUACCAGCUGGAGCAAAUAUCUGGACCUCCGAUUGACAGAACUGGGAGAUGAGUGUGGUCUCAGCCUCAGAUGCUCUGAUUCUUGCUCAUGCAGUACUUGGGUAGCUUUUCCUGCAGGCCAAGAAGAAUGGGGUGGCCAUCCUCAGAGCAUCCCUGCCAACAUGGGGCCGUGCUCUCAGGAGGGAGCUGAUGGUGUCAGGCUGUCUGUGAGGGUGGAGAUAGGGCCCACCUCACGGCUGGGUUGGGCUGGCCAGGGAUGGUUCUUGUUGCACGUUUAGGUUUCUGUCUGAAGCACUCCGCUCCUUUAGCCAAAGCGCAGCAGAUGAAGCUGUAGGUCUGACAGCCGAUGACACGGUUUGGCCCUUCUGCUCUCCUUCACCUUCAGUUUGUGCUUUCCUACAUGUACAGCGUUAAGGUUUGGCUGUAGGCUGGCGGGUGCUCUGAUCAGUCCAAUAUCCGGCACAGCAGCUUCAACGCUGACCUGCCAGCGCUAUAAAACCGUAAGCUACCUGCAGACCAGAUGAAGGGGCGGGGCGAGGCCGGGCCGGAUGGUGUGAGGCGAAGGCCCGCACUGCCUCGGGCGCGACGCGGAGGGGGGCCCGGCCCACAAUGCCCUGCGCGGGCAACCCCGCCUCCCGGCUUCCCGUCAACCGCCCUUGCUGCUCCCCGCAGGCUUGGCCACGCCCCUCGGCGGCAGGACUUCCUCACGAUUGGCUAGCGGCCCUGCUAGUUCUACCUUCUUUGCCGCCAUUGGUUCUCUUUGGCUUGUCACUGGAUAUCCCGCCUCCUCCGGCUUCAACCCGUGAUUUUAUUGGACGACCCAGCCAGCGGGCCGCCACGCCGCGCGGGGGUUGGCUCCGCGGGCCGUCCGUCGGCGCAGUAACCAGGCAGCGGGUUGGGGUGCGCCCGUUUCCACGUCAGUGCGAGCGGAGCCUAGCCGGUUCCGUUUGCCUGCGGCCGGGAGGACCCCGCGCGCGGCCGCCUCGCCCGUCGCCGCCGGGAAGAAGGGGCGGGCGGACGGACGGUGGCAGGGCCGGGCCGAGCCCCCGCUCGCCCGACCGAUGUGUGAAGCGGCCGCCGCCGCGGGGAGCAGGCGCCGCCAUUUUGGAUGCGGGGGAUUGUCAAGAUGGUGGAUAAAAACAUUUACAUUGUACAAGGCGAAAUCAAUGCAGUGGUGGGAGCCAUCAAGCGUAAUGCCCGAUGGAGCACUCACACACACCUGGAUGAAGAAAGAGAUCCCUUGCUGCAUAGCUUUAGUGUCUUAAAAGAAGUGCUGAAUAAUAUAACAGAGCUAUCUGAAAUUGAACCCAACGUCUUUCUUCGGCCUUUCCUGGAAGUGAUCCGUUCUGAAGACACUACAGGUCCUAUAACUGGAUUGGCCCUCACCUCUGUGAAUAAGUUCCUCUCAUAUGCACUGAUAGAUCCCAGCCAUGAAGGCACAGCUGAGGGAAUGGAGAACAUGGCAGAUGCUGUCACUCAUGCCCGAUUUGUGGGUACAGAUCAUGCCAGUGAUGAGGUUGUCUUGAUGAAGAUCCUACAGGUUUUGAGAACCUUGCUGCUCACUCCCGUGGGAGCCCACCUCACCAAUGAAUCUGUGUGUGAGAUCAUGCAGUCUUGUUUCCGCAUAUGCUUUGAAAUGAGGCUCAGUGAGUUAUUGAGAAAAUCUGCAGAGCACACUCUGGUCGACAUGGUGCAGCUGCUCUUCACAAGGUUGCCUCAGUUUAAGGAAGAGCCUAAAAGCUACAUGGGAACUAACAUGAAGAAGUUGAAAAUGAGAGCUGGAGGAAUGAGUGAGUCAUCAAAAUGGAAAAAGCAGAAGAGAUCACCAAGGCCCCCUCGACAUGUAACUAAGGUCUCUCCUGCAACAGAACAACCAGCAGCCAGCACUAGUAAUGUCACAGCAAGCGGAGUUACUUUCAUAGAUGCUCCUUCUCCCAGUUCCUCUGGAAGCUCCGAAAAUAUUUCAUCUGCAGUCAGCCCUGCUACAGACAGCGGUUUGGAAAUGUCCUCACAGACCGCCUCCAAGGAAGACCUGACGGACUUGGACCCAGUCACUUCUUUGGGGCUCCGUGCAGGAACGCCUUCAAAUGAGGCCAAAGUCAGUGAUAAUCAAAACCAGCCUGAACUCCAGAAUGAAAGUCUGAGGGAGGAGAAGAUCCAGUCAGCCUCUGUUGAAUCUAUCCCUGAGGUUUUAGAGGAGUGCACUUCUGUAGCAGAACAUUCUGACUCUGCCUCAGUUCAUGACAUGGACUAUGUAAAUCCCCGAGGAGUACGUUUUACUCAGUCUUCCCAAAAAGAAGGAGCAGCACUGGUCCCUUAUGGAUUGCCAUGUAUUAGAGAACUAUUUCGCUUUCUUAUCUCGCUUACCAACCCUCUUGAUCGCCACAACUCUGAGGUGAUGAUCCACAUGGGGUUGCAGCUGCUAACGGUAGCUCUGGAGUCUGCUCCCAUUGCAAACUGCCAGUCUCUCCUAGGACUUGUGAAGGAAGAGUUGUGCCGACAUUUAUUUCAACUACUGAGUGUUGAACGGCUCAAUCUGUAUGCUGCCUCCCUCAGGGUGUGUUUUCUCCUCUUUGAGAGUAUGAGAGAGCAUCUGAAAUUCCAGCUGGAGAUGUAUAUCAAGAAGUUGAUGGAAAUAAUCACUGUGGAAAACCCGAAGAUGCCCUAUGAAAUGAAGGAGAUGGCCUUGGAAGCCAUUGUUCAGCUGUGGAGGAUUCCCAGCUUUGUGACUGAGCUCUACAUCAACUAUGACUGUGACUACUACUGUGCCAACCUCUUUGAGGAGCUCACCAAGCUGCUCUCCAAGAAUGCCUUUCCAGUUUCUGGACAGUUGUAUACAGUCCACCUGCUGUCUAUGGAGGCAUUGCUAACAGUGAUAGAUAGCACAGAGGCACAUUGCCAGGCCAAAGUGCUGAAUAACGUACAUCAACAAGAGAAGGAAGUUGCCAAAUCAGGCCCAGAAACAAUGAACAGCACCAAAGAAUCGAGCAAUAAUAAUGAGAGAGCACACAGUGAGGGAAAAUCCACUACUGUAGUCUCAGAGCCAAGUGGGGCAUGUCCUCCCACCAGUGGUUGCCUUAUGGCUGAUCAGAUGAAGCAAGGCCUGGAAUUGGAAGGAGGAGGUGAGACAGCUGAGAAGAGUAUCCCCAAGAAGCCUACCCGAUUUUCUUGCAUCCUUCCAAGCCCACAGGAGCUUAUGCAGAUUAAAAACAAAAAGAAGCUCCUGAUAACUGGAACAGAGCAGUUCAACCAAAAGCCAAAGAAAGGGAUACAGUUCCUGCAGGAGAAGAACCUUCUUGCCACUCCCAUCAACAAUAAUGAGGUGGCCAGAUGGCUACGGGAGAAUCCUCGCUUGGACAAGAAGAUGAUUGGGGAGUUUGUGAGUGAUCGUAAGAACAUAGAUUUACUGGAAAGCUUUGUUGGGACUUUCAGCUUCCAAGGUUUAAGACUAGAUGAAGCUUUACGACUUUAUUUAGAGGCCUUCCGAUUACCAGGGGAGGCACCUGUAAUCCAGAGACUGUUGGAAGCCUUCACAGAGCAUUGGAGGAAAUCAAAUGGAUCCCCAUUUGCUAAUAGUGAUGCCUGCUUUGCCCUGGCCUAUGCAGUUAUUAUGCUGAACACUGACCAGCACAACCAUAAUGUCCGCAAGCAGAAUGUCCCAAUGACUCUGGAGGAGUUUCGGAAAAACCUGAAAGGUGUGAAUGGAGGCAAGGACUUUGAACAAGACAUGCUGGAAGACAUGUACCAUGCCAUCAAAAAUGAUGAGAUAGUGAUGCCAGAGGAACAGACGGGCCUGGUGAAGGAAAACUAUAUCUGGAAUGUCCUGCUGCAUCGUGGUGCCACUGAUGAGGGAAUAUUUCUCCAUGUGCCCCCUGGAAGCUAUGACCAUGAUCUCUUCACCAUGACAUGGGGGCCAACCAUUGCAGCACUUUCUUAUGUUUUUGACAAGAGCUUAGAAGAAACAAUCAUCCAGAAGGCUAUCUCUGGUUUCAGGAAAUGUGCAAUGAUUUCUGCUCACUAUGGCCUCAGUGAUGUAUUUGACAAUCUCAUAAUUUCUCUCUGCAAGUUUACAGCCCUCAGCAGCGAGUCUAUUGAGAACCUGCCGACUGUUUUUGGAAGUAAUCCCAAGGCCCAUAUUGCAGCAAAGACUGUGUUUCACUUGGCCCAUCGCCAUGGUGACAUUCUGCGGGAGGGCUGGAAAAACAUCAUGGAGGCCCUCCUGCAGCUUUUCCGAGCAGAACUGCUGCCCAAGGCCAUGGUAGAGGUUGAAGACUUUGUGGAUCCCAAUGGUAAAAUCUAUUUGCAGCGUGAGGAGACACCGUCUAACCGUGGUGAAUCUACAGUGCUGAGUUUUGUUAGUUGGCUCACCCUCAGUGGGACGGAGCAAUCUGGCAUGAGAGGGCCAUCUACUGAGACACAGGAAGCAAAGCGAGCGGCUCUGGAGUGCAUAAAGCAAUGUGAUCCUGAGAAGUUGAUCACAGAAAGUAAAUUCCUCCAACUCGAAUCUCUCCAGGAGCUGAUGAAGGCUCUAAUCUCUGUGACUCCCGAUGAGGAGACAUACGAUGAAGAGGAUGCUGCCUUCUGCUUGGAGAUGCUUCUGAGAAUUGUACUAGAAAAUAGGGACCGUGUGACCUGUGUCUGGCAAACUGUUCGAGACCACCUCUAUCACCUCUGUGUCAAUGCAAUGGAGUUCUGCUUCUUAGUGGAGAGGGCAGUGGUGGGGCUGCUGAGGCUGGCGAUUCGGCUCCUUCGUCGGGAAGAAAUCAGUGCACAGGUUCUCCUCUCAUUACGUAUCCUGCUCAUGAUGAAGCCAAAUGUGUUGUCCAGAGUUAGCCAUGAGGUUGCCUAUGGCCUCCAUGAACUGCUGAAGACCAAUGCUGCCAACAUUCAUUCUGGGGAUGACUGGUACACGCUCUUCACCCUCCUGGAGUGUAUUGGGUCUGGGGUAAAGCCACCUGCAGCCCUGCAGGUUACAGCAAGGGCAGAUAACGACACAGGUGCUCAGUCAGACAGUGAGGUCUCCUCCUAUCAUCCAAGUGACAUGAGCCUAGACCGUGGCUACACAUCUGAUUCAGAGGUGUACACAGACCAUGGGAAACCAGGCAAGAUGCACCGCUCGGUGACAGAUGUGGAUAUGAUGAACAGUGGCUGGCUAGUGGUGGGGAAAGAUGACAUCGACACCUCUAAACCCAGUGCUGGGCUCAACAGGCUGGGGCCUUCUCCUCUUGUCAACCAGUACAGCCUGACUGUGGGGCUGGAUUUGGGUCCACAUGACACAAAGUCUCUCAUGAAGUGUGUAGAGUCCUUGUCCUUCAUUGUGCGAGAUGCUGCCCAUGUGACACCUGAGAACUUUGAGCUUUGUGUCAAAACCAUCCGCAUUUUUGUGGAGGCAAGCUUGAAUGGAGGCUCUAAGUCCCAGGAGAAAAGGGGGAAAAGCCAUAGACAUGAUAGUAAAUCCAGUCGGUUAAAAAAAAAGCCAAAGGAGAGCUCCACUCGGCGAUCACGAGUUUUGAGCCAGCACCAGGCCCACACACACAGUGAUGAGGACGAGGAUGAGAGCAUCCCUGCCAGCUACCACACUGUGUCUUUACAGGUUAGUCAGGACCUCCUGGAUCUCAUGCACACCUUGCACACACGAGCAGCUUCCAUCUACAGCUCCUGGGCAGAGGAGCAACGCCAUCUAGAGACUUCAGGGAGGAAAAUCGAAGCAGAUUCCCGAACACUGUGGUCGAAUUGCUGGUGUCCUUUGUUACAAGGUAUUGCUUGGCUAUGCUGUGAUGCCCGACGCCAGGUACGGAUGCAGGCACUCACCUACUUGCAGCGGGCUCUCCUCGUACAUGACCUGCAGGCCUUAGAUGCCUUAGAGUGGGAGUCGUGCUUCAAUAAGGUGCUGUUCCCUCUGCUAACGAAGCUCCUCGAGAACAUCAGCCCAGCUGACGUUGGUGGAAUGGAAGAAACUAGGAUGAGAGCCUCAACACUGCUCUCCAAGGUGUUCCUACAGCAUCUCUCCCCGCUGCUCUCACUGACCACUUUUGCUGCUUUGUGGCUGACAAUCCUUGACUUCAUGGACAAAUACAUGCAUGCUGGUUCCAGUGAUUUACUGCUGGAGGCCAUUCCAGAGUCUCUGAAGAAUAUGCUGCUUGUAAUGGACACGGCUGGGAUAUUCCACAGCGCAGACUCACGGACAGGAUACUCUGAUCUUUGGGAGAUCACCUGGGAGCGGAUUGACUGCUUCUUACCUAGGUUGCGAGAUGAGCUCUUCAAACAAACAGUCAUCCAAGAUCCUGUCCCCAGCAUACCAAUGGAGCAGCAUCCUCAGAAGUCAAUAGCAUCUGCCCUGCCCCCUUCUCCUGUGGGGGAUGUGAGACCAGUCACCCACCCAGCUCCAUCGGAGAAGCCUUCUGAACUGAGUGCUAGUGAGUCUGAGAGAGCUUCUGCACCUGCAUCUCCCACUGUCAGCAACUCUUCCUCUUCUUCUUUCACAGUAUCAGCGCCAACAAAGACAAGCCCCGUUACAGACAUACCUCCCACAACAGCACAGCCACCACUUAUCCUGCAGCCUCUUGCCUCUCCCCUGCAGGUUGGGGUCCCACCUAUGACUCUUCCAAUCAUCCUCAACCCAGCUCUAAUAGAAGCCACAUCUCCUGUUCCUCUCUUAGCUACUCCACGGCCCACUGACCCCAUGACAACCUCUGAAGUCAAUUAGCUUGAAGGUAUCUGAGAACUGUCUGCUGAGGAGGCUCUGGCAGAGGAUGCUGGCCAAAUGUUCUCUGAUAGCGAGCAUGUUUGUUUUAGAAGAUGAUGCUAACCUGCACAGAAGGUAGCUGCAGCAAGCCCCCAGAGCACAUCACAUUUGUUCCUUUCCAGUGGCAACUGCCUAGAAAUUCCUGACCGCUCCCUUCUUGGUAUCCAGUUCCACUGACCAAGCUCCUUCCUGCCUUCACGAUCUCAGGGGCCAGGCAACACCCACACUCAGCAGCCUGGGACCAAGCUGCCAAUGUGUCAUCUGGUGAAAAGGGAAAAUGCAUUGAUUUAACACCGGCGAGGGGCAACAGUAUAGGACUGCCUCUCACAUUGUUCAGUUCAAUCCCUGGACAAUUCCCCAGCUGUUUCUUAACUUUCCUGCCCCUGCUUCUGGCCGCACUGCUUUAUUUGGGCUGUGGGUAUGCCUGGGCUCAGCAGGUUGAAAAUUUUGCCUAGAGGAUUGCUCACAGUGUAGUUUCCAGCUUGCUAUGCAGGGCUUCUUGUAUGCUGUAGCCAUAUGCUUUCCUUCUGCAAUGUGGAUUGCAAUAAUUCCCUGACCAGUUAGGGAGCAGGAGAUCCUGGUAGGCACAGUGCUGCCUUCUUCCUCUCCUCCUAUGUAAAGGCUGUCUGGUGGGCAGAGCAAAUUCAGGAGGCUCUGCCUAGUUAAUCAGAUUAGGAGGAAAUGCACAGCCCUGUCAUGUCAGAGCAGAGCAUCAUGGCCAUCUCUCCAGCAGCACUUGGGGAGCUACUCCCCCUGGGUUGCACAGCAGUGCUGCAUUGUCUACCACUUGCUUCGUUGGCCCAGAGUUGUCCCCUCCUCUUCAGUCAGAGAAGAUACUGGGAUCAGUGGCACCUGCUGGCAGAUGCCCAGCAAGUCUGCUGUGCUAAGGAGCAACUUUCUUUUGGAAGUUCCUGCGAAGAUUGCACCUUUUAUGCAUUUUUCUGGUUGUCGGGAGCCCACCUCCUUUUCCACCUGGGGUCUCCUGCAGCUGAUAGUCAUCAUUCCUUUUGUCUUGCAGCAAGGAUGUCCUGCUCUUCCAUCCCCUCAUGUCCAGAGCAGAGCUGGCUGCCUGGCAAGCACUGCAUCUCAGUUCUUCCUCCUCUCUUAGUUGGCUAAAUUCUCAGUAAUACCAAUCUCAGAAAUCCCACUGGUGACUGGGAGGGACACAGGCGUCAACGUCAACUCCAACCCAGUAUAUGCUGUACUGAGAGAAACCCAAGGUUGGGGUGGGAGUACAGCCAGUGUACAUAUGGGGUAAAUGGCUUACAAAUUCAAUGGACUUUUUACAGUGUAAUAAAUACAUCCUGUAAAUGA